CUUAACUAAAAUUUUAACUUCUAAUGUGAAUGGAUAUGAUACACAUUUAUGCGAAUGUAUGAAUAGAGAAGCGAAUUUGAAAGGACCGUUGUUGUUAAAGCGGCAGAAAGCAGCCCUAAGAAAUUUGGAGAAAUAUUGCCGAGUUGACAGCCGAAUGAAAAUUCGGAUGUGUUCCGGUUACGUAGUCGUGGAAACGUAACAAGGAAGAGAUCGUUAAACGCAUUUAUUGGCACCGCUUACGCAGUUAUCUAUUCUAUGCCGGAUUUGCCAAGAUUACGCCAACCGCCAUUUUCUUCUAUCACUCUUGGUAUUAACAAGCAGAUUCACUAUUCUUAAGGAAACAUCCGACGCCAAACAUGCAUAGUACAUACAUAUAUUACAAUAUUUGUCACAACUGUUAUAUUUUGUAACGCGAAAUUUCAUCAUUGGAUAAUUUUCAAUUAGUUAAAAUUAAAUUUAAACGUAUGUAUACAUAUGUACAUAUCCACCGAAAUAUUUAAAUACGUAAUAUAGUCGUUAUGCGACGUAGUAACGGCAAUAUAACAAACAAAAAUGGGGACACGAGCGACCGACAGUGCAAAAUUCGCAGUUAUAAGCCAUGGCCGACGAAGAUGAGAAUAAGCAAAAGAAGCAUACUAUCGAAAGUCUCUUCCACUUGUAUGCCAACAAUAAUAUCAACACCUUAGACUUGGAAAAUGAGAUAUACGAAACCAUAUUAUUGUCCCAGAUAGAUUUUUGGUUGGAUCAAGCAAAAUUAUUAAGAACGGCAUUCACGAUGACCGACACUGGCAUGGCUUAUAUGAAAUUCAAAAAAUGGCGUUUAGACUUCGAGGAAUUUUUGGAUUUUUUGAACAUGAUUUGCCAGGGUAAAGAAAUUAAGAUUGAUGACGUUAAAAAAGCGCUACUCGAGGCUGGUCCGCCUGGCGGAGGCACUGAAAUUGUUGUCGUGAAAUAGGUAAUUUAUAAGUACAUAUCUAAAAUAACAGGUCUAACCACUCAAUUCAAAAUAAGUUCCUUAAACGGAUAUCACAUGGUUGAACAUUUCGCUACCCCAUGCUAGGAAUGACAGUGAACAGAAAAAUUCAAUGAAAUUUACAAUAAGUUAUUAUAUUUGGUUAGCAAUAUAUAUAAAUAAAUUAAAUAAAAUAACAAGUUCCUUUGGUUUUUUUCGCGUUUAUUUACAGUAUAUCGUAAUAAUCUAAAUAUAAUUGUAUAAGUUCCAUAAUAUUUCAUUUAAUCAUAUAGUUAAUAUUAAAUGUUUGUUUAUAGAAUUCAGAUUUGCUUUUUUUCCUUCUCCUAUGCCUUUAUUUCCUCCUACUGAAUGCUUCUGUUGAAUUUAUACGCGAACCAUUCUAGGCUUAUAUUUGUUUUUUUGUUUAUACAUAUUAUUUUCGAUCUUAAAUGGCCGAAAUUUUUACAGGCUAAUCAACAAACAUGCGUUUACUAGCUGCUGCAGGACAACUUCAUACAUGUGAGGACCAUUUUUUAUAUAAGUAUGUUGAACUUUAUAUCUAAGACAAAUUGUAACGGAAGCGGGAUUUUUCGUUUUUCGUUUGUGUGUGUUGAAUAAUUAUAAUCUAUUCACGUGUAUGCACCGCAGAUCAACAUUAUUUGUUGUAAUUCAGCCAGGGAAUAAAAACAUUUACGUA